AUGAAUCCUACCAAGAUUAUCGCUCACCUCGUACUUAUCGCAGCUGCAAUGAGCAAGCUUGCGGAUGCUAGCAUUUCUAGCCAGCAAACUAGCGCCUCAACCGAAAACGUCUACACGAAGUCUACGGAACCGUCGACGGAAACCUCUGCGCCGGCAUACGGCACCCUUGACGUGACUUCAAUGGCCACGCCUGCGCCGACAACGAACGGCCCUGUUGCGCAUCCAGAAGCCACGCCUGCGCCGACAACGAACGACCCUGCUCCGACUCCAGCAGUCACGCCUGCGCCGAUAACGAACGACCCUGCUCCGACUCCAGCAGUCACGCCUGCGCCGAUAACCAACGACCCUGCUCCGACUCCAGCAGUCACGCCUGCGCCGAUAACGAACGACCCUGCUCCGACUCCAGCAGUCACGCCUGCGCCAAUAACGAACGACCCUGCUCCGACUCCAGCAGUCACGCCUGCGCCAACACAUGCCGCGACAGGUUCGACGUCUGUUGAUGGCGACAAACACAACGAUGAACCAAGCGCGAUGCCCGGAACUCCUGCUCCAUCUGACACUACUGACAAAAAUGGACUGAGCAGUAACGUUAUGAGCUCUGCGUAUGGUCAAGACUCUGUCAACGGAGUCGCACCGGGUACUGGUAAAGUCGACGGAGUGCCAGGCAGCACGAACCAAGGCGGUAAUGAUGCAGUUAGCAAAGACGCUGCGGGCUCUCCUCAUGGUCAGGGCGUUUUAAGCGGCGAAGUUUCUGGCAGCCCGUUCGGUGCAGUGAGUGGUGGCAACUCGGUUGCCCCUCACGGUAACAACAAUACCGAUGUCGCCGCAUCCGGUAGUGCACCAGGUGGCAAAAACAAAGUCAGUGGCGACAUUGCGAGCUCUGCUCACGGUCAAGGCACUGUCGACAAAUUUGCACCAGGUAUUACCCAUGUGGGCGAUGCUCCGGGCAGCGAGGGUGACAGCGAAGACAGCAAAGACAGCAACGACAGCAACGACAGCAAAGACAGCAAAGACAGCAAAGACAGCAAGGUUAAAGGGAGCGGUGACGCUGCUCACGACCAGGACUCUGCCAACGCCAAUGUUUCCAGUAGCGCAUACGGCGGUGGAAAAGAUGCAUCGACCAGCAAUGUUACGGACUCUGCUAACGGCCAAGGCUCUAGCAACACCGCUGAUUGGAGUGCCGCACCAGGCGAUAAUGGUGGCGGUGCGACAGACAGUGCCAACGAUGCGGGCAAGAAUGAAUCGACCAACAAGGUUACGGAUACUGCUAACGGCCAAGGCACUACCAACAGCGUCGUAUCGAGUGCUGCAACAGGCAACAGUGUCGGCGGUGCGCCAGGCAAUACUGCAUCGACGAACAUGGUUCCAAAUGCUGCUAACGGCCAAGGCUCUACCAACAGCGUCUCAUCGAGCGCUGGAACAGGCAACAAUGAUGGCGGUGUACUAGGCAGCGCGAACGAAGGUGGCAACAAUGCUAUGAAGACCGAGGUUUCGAGCUCUGCUAAUGGCAAGAGCGACAUUGAUAACGGUAAGCCUGGUGAUGCCAAUGAUGAUAAUGUCGGAGGCGUACCAGGCGGCGCCGUAUCGGGUGGUACUUACAGUGUUGUUAAUGGUAAAUCUUACGGUGCCGUGGAUGAUGACGAUGACGCGUAUGAUGGCGUUGGUGGUGCACUCGGUAGAGGCGUCGGCGCUGGCUUACUGGGUGUCGGCGUAUCGGGCGUUGGCCUUGGGGGCGUCGGCGUUGGUGUUGGUCGUGGCAUUCUUGGAGGUCACUUUGUAGGCGGAAUUGGCAGAUCUGGCGGUGUGUACGGUGGUGUCUCGGACGAUGUGGAUGAUAGUGAUGUUUACGGAGACGGGUUUAACCGCGUUUGA